AUGACCGGGGAGAAGCUGCGCUCGCUGCGGCGGGAGCGCAAGCCCAGCAAGGAGGAGGACGGCGGCCUGCUGGAGCCCGGCGAGGACGAGGCGGCGGCGGCCCUGGGCGGCGGCGGCGGCCCCUUCACCCCCGGCGGCAAGGCGGCCCGGCCCGGGCCCCGGCUCUUCGGCCACCAGCACCCGCGCCUGCCGCUCAAGACGGCGCCGCCCGCCGCCCCCGGCCCCGGCCCGGCCCCCGCCGCCAGCCCCAGCCCCGGCCCCGGCCCCGGCCUCGGCCCCGCCGAGCUCUGCUACCCCGUGCACGAGUGCGUCUUCAAGGGGGACGUGCGGCGCCUGUCCUCGCUCAUCCGCACGCACAACAUCGGCCAGAAGGACACGCACGGAAACACUCCUUUGCAUCUUGCUGUGAUGUUAGGAAAUAAAGAAUGUGCCCACUUACUGUUGGCUCACAAUGCUCCAGUAAAGGUGAAAAAUGCUCAGGGAUGGAGCCCGCUGGCGGAAGCCAUCAGCUAUGGAGAUAGACAGAUGAUUACAGCUCUUCUAAGGAAGCUUAAGCAGCAAUCCAGGGAAAGUGUUAAAGAAAAACGACCUCGAUUAUUAAAAGCUCUGAAAGAGCUAGGUGACUUCUAUCUAGAGCUUCACUGGGAUUUUCAAAGCUGGGUGCCUUUACUUUCCCGAAUUCUGCCUUCCGAUGCAUGUAAGAUAUACAAACAAGGUAUCUAUAUCAGGCUUGACACUACUCUUAUAGACUUUACUGACAUGAAGUGCCAACGAGGGGAUUUAAGCUUCAUUUUCAAUGGGGAUGCGGCACCCUCUGAAUCUUUUGUAGUAUUAGACAAUGAACAAAAAGUUUAUCAGCGAAUACACCAUGAGGAAUCAGAGAUGGAAACAGAAGAAGAGGUUGACAUUCUGAUGAGUAGUGAUAUUUACUCCGCAUCUUUAUCAACCAAAUCAAUUUCUUUCACACGUGCCCAAACAGGAUGGCUCUUUCGGGAAGAUAAAACCGAAAGAGUAGGAAACUUUUUGGCAGACUUUUAUUUGGUGAAUGGACUUGUUUUAGAAUCGAGAAAAAGAAGAGAACAUCUCACUGAAGAAGACAUUCUUCGAAAUAAGGCCAUCAUGGAGAGUUUGAGUAAAGGUGGAAACAUUAUGGAACAAAAUUUUGAGCCGGUUCGAAGACAAUCCCUUACCCCACCGCCUCAGAACACCAUCACCUGGGAAGAAUACAUAUCUGCUGAAAAUGGAAAAGCUCCUCAUCUGGGUCGAGAACUGGUAUGCAAAGAGAGUAAGAAGACUUUUAAAGCCACGAUAGCCAUGAGUCAGGAAUUUCCCUUGGGAAUCGAGUCAUUAUUGAAUGUUUUGGAAGUAAUAGCUCCUUUCAAGCACUUUAACAAGCUCAGAGAAUUUGUUCAGAUGAAGCUUCCUCCAGGCUUUCCUGUAAAACUAGACACACCCGUGUUUCCGACGAUCACAGCCACUGUGACUUUUCAGGAGUUCCGCUACGAUGAAUUCGAUGGUUCCAUCUUCACUAUCCCUGAUGACUACAAGGAAGACCCAAGCCGGUUUCCUGACCUGUAAUGGCUGUUACGCUGCCGAGGAAACCAGGAAAGCAAGAGAAUUCAAAGAUCCCAGAUGUGUUCCCAAAUAGAAGAAAAGGGAAUUUCCACAUGGGACUGACCCAUCAGGAAUAUAAGGAAACAGGCCUCUAAGGAUUUCAGCAGGUUUCCUGGUGGGCCAUUUAUUCAGGCUUUUUCAAAGUAAACCUAUUAUAAAUGAAAUUGUUUGACACCUUAAUGACCCUCAGUCCUUCUUAUGUAAAACAGCUCUGAGUGCUGAUUUGUUUUUAAAAAUUUUUACACUUCUUGAAAUAUAUAUGCAUAUAAAUAUAUCUAUAUAUCUAUAUCUAAAACACUCCUGGACCAUUAACAUAAAUUAAAUGUCUUAAGAGAUAAAAAAAAAAAAGCCCUUUACAACUGGUCAUCUUAUAUUCAAGGUGACGUUUAUAAAUAUUCCUUCGAGCUUUUGUUUUCAUAAAAUGUAAACUAUGUAACAUUAUGUAUAGUUCAGUCAUUUGAAUGUUUGUUCAAUAUAAUGAACUAGAAGGAAUGCCGUUUCAUCUGUAGAGGAUUGAACCAAAUGGUAACCAUUAAAACAAUUGCAUUUAAAUGUUGCAA